AUGGGCAAGUACGGCGCUCCCGCUCCCCGAACGCAAGGCGAGGUGCCACUUAGAAUCGGUCUCGAAGAUUCAUCGCCCGAAGACUAUACCAAUGGUCAGCAGAUCUUGGAGAUGGAUCCCGAAACCAACUUGGAAGCAAUUUUUGGUCCACUUCCGUCGUUGUCAGCUGCCAUUUUUCCCGAUGAGCAGUUCGAUAGCUUUACAGGUUUUGAACCUCUAGAUUUUGGCGACGAAUGCCACAUGGAGGCAUGGCUGUAG